GAGCGCGCCUGCGCACUGCGCUCCCCCGAUCCAAGUUUGGAGCUUUUAGCUGCCAGCCCUGGCCCAUCAUGUAGGUGCAGCAGAGCCUUCCCUACCAUUGCAAGCAGGGGGGGAGGAAAACCCCCCACUUUGCAAGCUGCCCUGCAAAGUGUGCAAUUGCACGGCCCCCCGCUGCAAGGAGACCUGCUGCAGCAAGUCAGGAAAACUCCAGUUGCAUGAAGAUUGAGCGCUUGCAGUUUGCAUCUUUGUUGCAAAACUAGCUCCAGAAGAGAGGCAAGGCAAAGUCUUUUGUGCUCCCCUCCCCCAUCAAAGCAAAGGGGAAAAUGUCUCAGUCGAGAGGCAAGAAGAGAAACCCUGGGCUGAAAAUUCCUAAAGAAGCAUUUGAGCAACCACAGACAAGCUCCACGCCACCCAGAGAUCUAGACUCCAAAGCCUGCAUCUCCAUUGGCGAGGAGAACUUUGAGGUGAAAGCCGACGACCUGGAGCCCAUCUCCGAGCUGGGACGAGGUGCGUACGGGGUGGUGGAGAAGAUGCGGCACAUGCCUAGCGGGCAGAUCAUGGCAGUGAAGCGGAUCCGAGCCACAGUGAACAGCCAGGAGCAGAAGAGGUUACUGAUGGAUCUGGAUAUCUCCAUGCGGACGGUAGACUGCCCCUUCACUGUCACCUUCUAUGGGGCGCUUUUCCGAGAGGGAGAUGUGUGGAUUUGCAUGGAGCUGAUGGAUACCUCACUGGACAAAUUCUACAAACACGUCAUUGACAAAGGCCUGACGAUUCCUGAAGACAUGUUAGGGAAAAUAGCCGUCUCUAUCGUAAAAGCACUAGAACACCUACACAGUAAGCUCUCCGUAAUCCACAGAGAUGUAAAGCCCUCUAACGUGUUGAUCAAUACGCAGGGGCAGGUGAAAAUGUGCGAUUUUGGAAUUAGCGGUUACCUCGUUGACUCGGUUGCUAAAACCAUGGACGCAGGAUGCAAACCCUACAUGGCUCCUGAAAGAAUUAAUCCGGAGCUGAACCAGAAGGGAUACAGCGUCAAAUCUGAUAUCUGGAGCCUGGGAAUCACGAUGAUCGAGCUGGCCAUCCUGCGGUUUCCCUACGACUCCUGGGGGACGCCCUUCCAGCAGCUCAAGCAGGUGGUGGAGGAGCCGUCGCCGCAGCUGCCGGCGGACAAGUUCUCGGCGGAGUUUGUCGAUUUUACCUCGCAAUGCUUGAAGAAGAAUUCCAAAGAACGGCCAACAUACCCAGAGCUUAUGCAACAUCCUUUCUUCACCCUGCACGAAUCCAAAGAGACAGACGUCGCCUCUUUUGUCAAGCUCAUCCUGGGAGACUGAGAACUGGACUUGUAAAUGAAUUGCCCUUCUGUGGACUGGUGGGUGCCGGGGAGGGGCGCGUGGCAGGACUUGUCAUGAAAGCACCAACAGAAAGUCACCGUGUUUUGUUUUGUUUUGUUUUUAUUCUGAGAAACCCCCGCCUCUCCGAAGUUUUUAAAAGGGUUCUUUGGUAUCCAUAGUGACAUAGAAUGAGCUGGUUAGUGAAAUGAAUUUUAAUAAGGUUGGUAACCUUAAAACAAACGCAAAACAAAAAAAAAAUUUUUAAGAGUGAUUUACAUAUUUAAUGACAGUCAAAAUCCCUCUCCCUAACUUCCUCCUCAUCCCCUUCCCUUCCUUCUGAACCGGAAUUUGCUUUGUCAUGGUAAUAGGUGCUAUGGUAGUCAUGAAGUUGUAUGUAGAUUUAUAUUUUGUCCCUUCCAUUAUUUUAAUAUUUAUGUUAAGUGCUUGAUGGAAUAGAUUUCUGUUUUAUAUGAGGAUGAAUGCGUGGUGACGAUGAUGAUGCUAAAUGAGGCCACAGCAAGCGAUAGUCGUAGGGCUUUGCUGGCGAAAAGGUGUCACGGGAAAAGAGGAAGAAGAGAAGAAGUGUCUGUGUUGUGGAAAAUAUUUAAUGUGCAUCGUAAAAAGAAUUUAUAAUCAAGGCUCUCAGCCCGGCUCCUCGAGCUGCCUGCGCGGGGGCCGGGGGGGGGCACGGGCGUCCCGCGGGGUCGCCGCUCCUGGGGGAGCUCCCGGCUCCGGGGCGGCCCUGCGUCCUGCCGCGCGUCCCACCCGCUCGCGCUGCCGGCGGCGGGCGGGCGGCGAGGUCCGGAGCGGGAAGGCAGCGUCGGAUAGUGUCUGGGACAACGGGUCCGGGGUGGAAAGGUGUCGGGUGAGUCGCGCGAAGGUCGGGAAGGGGCUGUAGCAGCCGGCGUGCUCGCGUGGGGCUCGCGAGAUGCUGCUCUGGGCCUUCCUCCUCCUCCUCCUCCCAACGAGAGGGAUAACAGUCCGCAGAGCCGGGCGUUUGGGAGAAAGCAGGGAUAUCUGCUCCGCUCCGCUGGAAGUGCUAGCGAGCACGGCUUGCUCCGCGCCCCGCUCCGCUCGGGAUGCUGGACGGAGCCGGGAGCGCGGGCUCGAGCGCGGGCUGCUGGGGAAGGUGGAGCUGGUGGAUCCCCGCCAGCGGGAAGGUCCGUGCUCCGGUCGCGGCGACAGCCCCCUUCCCUUCGCUCCCAGGCAGUUUCUGCUGCUGGAGACUUUCCCCUACAACCUGCUGCUCUGACUCCCUCUAUGUCUUUUCCGUAAUAGGGGAAGAAAAAUUCUUGGAGAAAGUUGGGGCGAGGAGAAGGGAUUGCAGGAGCCCCCGGUUGUCCUGCUGCAAUAGGCAGAAAUGUGUUGAGGCUCUGAAAGAAGCUGUUUGCGAAGCCCGUGUCUGCCUGGGGACUGUCUCUAAGAGCAGACUCCCGGGGCCACAUCCCGACCAGACGCACGCCUUGCUUGGCAGCGCGGAAGUUCAGCGGGAUGUAACUGAGCCCGGGGUCCAGCCCUUUCCCUCCCGGGAGAGCGGGGCCGGCGGUGCAGACGGGGCUCCAGGGCUAGCCGGAGCAUCCGUUUGGGAAGAGGCCGACGGGGAGGAUGGCGUUAGAGCAGGGGUGCCGGAGCGAUGCCGGGUGCACCAGGGACCGCUCGUAGAUGUUGCUCAUGGGGAUUCGCCGAUCUUGUCCCCUGCAGCUGCAAAGCAGGACAGUUGGAGAAGGGCUGGCACGCGGAGCCUUUCCUUGCUGGCCGUGAGGAUUUUGGGAGCUGAGGUUCCCCAUUCCUCCACCUGGGCUUUACGGGCCAGCCUGGCCCGCGGUAGCGAGAAGCUCCAUGUGCCGCUUUCCAUCAAGGGGAACCUUCCGGGUCCCGUGCUGUUGUGGGUGAAGCCCAGGGAUGUUUUACUUCUCGGCGUAAUUCUAAAAGGCCUCGCACAGCUCCUGCCCUGCCCUCUCCUCUCCCGUGGCGGGUGCGCGCGUUCGCUCUCGCUCGCUUUCUCGGAGUCGCGGGGCCGCUGCGAUUGCUCGUCUGAGCUGAGCGCAGAGUCCGGCCAGCCGCUUUCGGGAGCUGGUUCCAGCAUCAAUUCUCGCUUUGAAAAACAUGACAUUUAAAACCACCCUUUGGUUUUCCUACAUAUGGAUCUGAUGCUUUUCGUUAAAGAUUGUUUUUGCUGCUUUUCUCCUGGAAUAUAAGUCUCGUUUGGACACCACAUCUCCUUGACCUCAGAGCACCUUUAUUUCAGUGCCAUUCUAAUUGACAGGCUGAAUUUAUGUGAUACUGUCAAAGUUCAGUAUUAAUAGCAGAUAUUAAUGUCACCAGCGUUUUCCAAUAGAAAAUUAAUGUCAGUGUUGUCUGCAGCUAGUAGCCCUCUAUAAUGACUCCCGCACGCCUCAACACUACAUGCUGAGUGCUUUUCUUUUAUGCUUUUUGCUCUUGCCGUGCUUGGGUCGGCUAAUCCCUUUGUUUUAAUGACAUUACGAUGGGGGCAUGCAAGAAAUAACUCCCCUUCCCUCCCGGUUCUCCACGACUUUGUUCCUUUAGAAGUCGUUUACGUCAGCACCAAGUGUGAAUCCGUGUGACCAGCGUGACUGAGAUAAGUGAUCCAAGCGAUCGCCGCGGCAAAAGGCAGUACGGCAGCAGGGAAAGGCAGGGGCUGGCUCCGGCUCGGCAGCCCGCGAGGUGAGCGCGAGCACAAAGCUUGCACCGGCCCCGGUUUUUCUUGGACACCUGAGCGGGUGGCCUCCACGUGGGUGGAGAGCCAGGAUCUCGUGUCCUUGACAGCUCUGAAAACACGCUGGGCUGCAAGACCGGAGUCCGUUUCUUUGUUCUUUCACUCAGUUGAAACCUCUGCUCGGAGCUGAGCCCAGAGCUGUGGCCUCGAUGGCCUUAUUCCCGAGGGGAACCUGUGCAAACGCCUGGCAGCUCCCGAUGUUCCUGGACUCUCGAGGCCUUGCCAUCGCUAGCUCGUGCUCUUCAACCGUAGCCAGCAGACUGGCUAUGGGAAAACUGUUUUCUGGGCUCCCCACAGACCCCUUGAACUUGAAAGAGAAGUUGGAGGGCAUUUGUUGGUUACUGUGUCUACGUGCCAGGUUCGUGCUGCUGCGGUGGGUGACCUGCCCAUCUCUUCUGGAGGUUUUCCAGGUGUACAAAACUUUACACAGAUAUCUAUGUACUGUAUUUCUGCCUUUUUCCCUGACUUCUGCUGUGUUCAUUGGCUGGGAAGGAGACAUUUCUGUGCUAGAGAGGUGGGACCACCAUCUCUGGAGGCAGCUGGCCCAUCCUGGGAAAAGGGGGAGGCAGGUGGUGGGCCACUACUCAGAAAUAGCUCUUUUGAAGAAAAAGAUGCGGUUGAGCUCCCAUUUCUUUGGCAGCUGUGGAGGGAUGUGGUGGUGAGCCUGGCGGGUGCCUCUGCCCACCUGCGCGUCCUCGCCAGGGCUUUCCUCACCCAGCCUCGCCGCGGCGUCCCCUUCGGCACUGGGCACCUUGUGAUGCUUGUGACGUUGUCUGAGUUUUGAGCAGAAGGAGGGAGGGUUGUUAGGACAGAGCUGCUGGUCUCGGUGCAGAGGGAGGGCACAGAGGUGUCCAUAGGCAACGCGUGCCCGUAGCCAGGAUUUCUUCCUGUCGGUGGCAAGCCAGAAGCUACCUGCACAUCUCUGUUGUUUCCUAGACCUUUUGGAAGAGGAAAUACAGCUCUGCUGAUGCAAGAUUGCAUUAGUGGCUGGUCUGAUACAGUUCAGAUGAGGUUCCCACCAGCUCCCUUGUUUAAUAGACCUCUUCUUUAUUAAAAACAAACCCCAAACUCCUCUCUCAGAAAAGCCAGCCAAGAUGCUCUUUUUUUCCCCUCUCUUCCAUCUUGUUCCUCUUUGAGGAACUCUGGGAGCCCGUCUUGGUGCUUUCACUCUUUCACAUGCCAAAGAUUGCUGCUACAUCGCUCUUAGUAAUGCGUCUGCCAAACCAGAUCUUACAGUCUUGCCUCAAAAAUCAUUCACUUCCCUGCUCCUUGGGGUUCCUUUUGUUGCUGUGGCUUCAUUGAAUUUCCUCGUGUUUAUUGACAUGUCUAUUGUUGAGCUUCCUGGACACAUGCAGCUCGCUUUUUCGGAUGCAGAGAAAGACAAAUAGUUGCCUUCCCUGGUCUGGCCCUGCAGUUGGGGAAAUACUGCUCGCAAAACGAUUCCUGCAAAUGGGGAUGGGUCUCAUUUAGCGUGAGGGUCAGGCAUGGUGUACACUGGCAUUGCUCCAUUGGCUUGGCUGGAAUAAGGCCAGCUGUGUCCAGCUGAGAAUCCGUCCUUAAUGUCUAAACAGUUAUUACCCACUAAUAAAGAUUAAUGAUUGUAAAUCCCCGAGGAUUAUACAUAAAAUGGCAAGUUUUACUCAUUAAUCUUUAUUGCCAUAUUAUAGCUGUUUAUGUCAGAGGAGUCUUCGCGCUCUGUUCUGAGUCUGCAUUUAGAAGUGGGGGUUGAGCACGGGGGGCUGUGAAAGAUGGACAUAACAGACCAGAUGUCCACGUGUUUUACAGUCUGUGUCCUGCCCCCGAGUCGGUUGUUUCCUUGAAAGCUGUUAACCAGCAGCAAAGGAUGUAUCGCAGAGCUUCGUCUGCUCUGCUGGCCUCUGCCUGAGCUAUAAAAUCCAGAUUGUUUCUGGUGAGAAGGGAUCAGAUCUCCUAAUUAAUAUUUCAGCUCAGGCUUUGCUGGAGCAGAUGGAUACUACGGCGUUUGACGGGUGCUCUGGCAGGUCAAGGCGCUGCGGUGCAGUCGGGCUCGCUCGCCCAGGCCCCGCGGGAGGAGAUGCUCUCUGCGCAGUAGGCAGCUCUGCUCCAAGCUGGAAGGACGCUGCUCCUUCACGUAGCCCCACACCAUAGAAACUGCCGAUUUCACUAUGGAAGAGGCAUAGAAAAGGCCCCUUUGAAUCUUGGCUUUCGUCUAUUUGCAGAUGAGUCUAGGCGUGGCUCAGAGGUGGUGGUGUCAGUGGUCUGGACGCAAAGGUUCAUGCCGGGUGCUGGCUGGCACAAGCCGUCUGAACAUGGGCAUGUUGCCUGGCGAAUGGUUGGGUUUGCAUGGGUAGUGCUUCCUCAGGCAGCUCUUCCCUUGUCCACCUCUCCCUUGUUUUGUUUUCUUUUUCCUCAUUGCGGCAGAGAAGAAAAAUAUCCUGGGAAAGUCAACCUGUAGCAGGGUUUUUAGCUGAGGCCAUUCGGCUGCGAGCGCUGCUGGGCUUGUUGCCUGAUGCGUGGUCGUGUGCACUGCUGCUUCCUGUGCCAGGCUCGUCGGUAAGAUCCCGAGGUCGGACAUAAAUAAUGGGGAAAGCAUGGGAAAGGUCUCUGCAGCUGAGAAGGAAGAGAAUAAACCUUUUAAGAUUGUCUCCAAAUAGCCUAAUGGUAGGAAUAUCCAACUUAGAGUCUGCAAAGAUGAAUUAAUCCUUCAGGGACCUGUGUUGUAGGCAGUGAUGUUCCACCGGGACUGAUUUUGUCUGCGUGCCAUUUUGUACUUGGCCUCCUCUAGGGCACUAGCAGGUUGCAAGAAAGCUCUUAGCCUCUGUUGACACCUCUUGGUUCUUGGAGGAGAAGUUAGCUGCUUGUCCCCUGCCCAGUGACCCUUUAUGGGAAGUCGCAGCGGGGCUGGCUGCCCUGCAGGUGCCCCACCAAAGCGAGAGCUUCCCCAGUCCACCCGCAUGCUCUUCCUUUGGGAUCCAUUGCCAUCACCGUAAAAAUCCUUUCCUGGAAGUGGAGCAGCUCUGGAGUGACCCCAGCCUGGCUGAGCCGCGUUGGGCCGUGCCGGUGGCCCAGCUCCAGCCACGUCCGCUCCCUCGAAAGGCUCCGGGUUCCUCUGCCCGACGGGGCAGAACUCCAGCGGCUCCGAGGUGCCCUGAGGAUAAGCUGGGAAAAGCUUGGAAGCGCCUUAACCGCUCUGGAAGUAGAGAUGGAAAUCUCACAAGAUCAGACGGCUUUCGGCAAUUUCCAGGGCUGUGUGGUUUUCCCCGGAGCGGAAAACCCUGCCUAGCAGUUUAUUUCAUGGUAUUUUGAUACGUUACUUUCGCUUUUGGGCACAGCGAAAUCCAGGAUGCUCAGACUAGUGUAAUUUUUAAAUGAAGAGAAAACACACACACACCCCAAGUACUACUGGACUGUUCAGGCAACUUUCUGUUUGCUUUCUCUCGUAGGAAGAAUUCAGGCCAGCUCAGCGUCUGUCCUAAUUCAGUCCUUUUUUGCCCCAGAUUAUUAUUCUUUUUAUGAGAAUCAGAGAUCUUGAGUCCAAGUAAGAGCCAAAAAGGUGUUUUUGGAGAUAAAUUCCAGCCUGCGUCAACGUUUCGUCCCCCCGUAACUGUGAAGGUGAUGGGGACAGCUGUCCCCGCGCCAGCCGCCUUGCUGAAAAUAGGCACGGCAUCCAAAACUGGGGGAAGUUUGCGUUUGUUUUUUAACAGCAGGACAUCGAGGCGGAGCUGCUAAAUGCAGCUUCUUGCAAACUGGGAACGUGUUGGAGCAAAACUUGUCCUUUCUUGUAAAAAGGAAAAAAACAGUCUAAAAAUGUCUGAAGUCUUCAAUUUGAGCAAUUACAGCUUUAUUGGCAAAGUUCCGUAUUUUGCGUCAAAAUAUAUGAAGUUUCCAGAGUUUCCUUCUCAUGGUGUGAAAUCUACUCUUUCUCGAGAUGGUGGGAAAUUUGUAAAAAAAGACAUUUCCACACACUUUUAGCUGAGGAAAAAAAAAAAAAAAAAAAAAGAAUUGAGCACCAUCCAAAUGCAACCACUUCCCAGUGGGCUGCAGGUAAUGAAGAGGGCACAGGCAAAGCAGCUAUUUUAAACACAUUAGUCAAGAGAAGACUUUCCAACCUGCUAUAAUAGAAGUCCUUAUUUUAUUUUAUUUUAUUUUAUUUUUAUUUUAUUUUAUUUUAUUUUAUUUUUUGUUUUAUUUUUUACAGCAACAUCUUUUGUUUUGUAACUGUGAAAGUCCCUGCUUUUCCUCACAUGUGGGAAGCUGAUUUUUCUUUCUCAUAUUAUUUAUUAUUUAUCCAUUUCUGGUACUACCCAAGAUGUGCUGAAGGUAUCACCAGCCUGCUCUGGAGCCGUGUUGAAUCACUCUGGUAUCUUCUGACAGCUGGAAGGGCGAAUGUCAGCAGAUGGCAAACUGUUAUUAUUUUAAAUUAUAUUUAUAGAAAUCUUCAUUUUCUUUAAUUUUUUUUUUUAGUGACCUGGUCUGCUCUGGAAUUCAGGAGGGGGGAUAAGGAGCCUUUUCGAAAGAAUUAGGUUUUUCAGUUUCUCUUUAAGCGUUCUUGGAGGCUCCUGAAUAAACGCAAUCUCCACGUUUUUAAAAGGAAAAGAAGCAGAGAAAGCGCUGGCUGGGUUGCGGUCGUUGAGGUGCAUCGGGUCCCGCCGGGCUGCUUGGUUUCCCUUGCCCGGCCGUGCAGGAAGCGGUGGUGGCUGAAGGUGGAGGUGGAACCAGUCUGGAGAUUUAAAAAAAGUCAAUGCUUAAGGUAUUUAUUUCCGGGCAAAAGCGCAGCGCAUCCCGUCUCCCAUCCUUCUCUUAAUCGCCUGGUGUUUGUCUUUCCCGCCGGGCCCUCGCUCGGCGGGGAGGGCUGAGCCUGGCACGAGACCCGCGGUAGGAGCCUGUGCGCAACUUUAGAUAGGCUUUUAUUUAAUGUCGUCGUCGUUUAGUGAGAUGCUUUCAGGAUCGGCGCCGUGCUGGAUUAAGGACGUUGGCGGGACGACUGAACCGGCCGCCAGACCCCCGCUGCCCCACAUCCCGUCCCUCCGCCCCGACCGCUCAGCAAUUCGAUUGGGAGAAUAUAUUUAACUUGGGGGGGGGGAAAAAACCCAAUACCUUGCUGGUGGGGUAAGUUAAUGCUCUUUACUACGCUUGGAUUUUAUUUCUCAGGAUACCCAAAGGUUAAUUACUGCUGCUGAGAGAAGGGGACAGUUACACCUUUUGGAAACUUCAACCACUGUAGCCGUUUUGCAGAUGUGUGGGUGUGCGUGUGGGUGUGCGCGUGCGUGCGUGUGUUAACCUCGGCACUGGGUGUGCGUGUGCUCUGCUGGGUAUCGUGUGCAUCUCCGAAAUGCUUCAAACAACUGCCUGGAAGUCAGAACCAACCACCUCUUUCCAGUCGUAUGUUUGCCGUGACUUUUCAUAACCACACUUGAACUCGUGGUCUUGGUUUAAAUAGUCGAAGAGCAGGGCAUCUUUAUAGCGAUGGUAUGUCAGUCAAAUUAAGAAAAAUGUACACAAAAAUAAAUAAAUGAACUUUAAAAAUAA